AUGGAAUGCGAAGAGGCGGUGGACGUGCUCUUCACCGACGGGUCCGAUGCCCUGGAAGCCGAGGCAGAGGCGGAGGCAGAGGCGGCAGAGGCGGAGGAGACUGAGGAGAUGGCGCGGCCGGACAAGAGCCUACAGAACCAGGAGCAGCUGGAUGCUCUGUCCAGGAAGCGGAAGCGAGACGAGGACGCACCUAUGCCAGAAGCCGUCGUCGAUGAGGUGGACGAGCUGGCCGAAGUGGAUGAGGCGGAUGAAUCCGCUUGA